AUGCAACGAAGAAAAUCAGAAUCUUCUGACGAAGGCGAAUGUUCAGAUGAUGAAGUAGAGGUACCUCUUCCAACGACUUCUGAUGCAAAACCUGUGAAGAAGAGCGCUGGAGCUAUGUGGAGUGAAGUUAUUCAAGAUCAGAACCUGGAGGAUGAGUUCAAGGCGCACGGUGUUGGAGAAGAAGGUGGAAGUUAUUUGGAUAGAGGGGCUGAAAGCUAUCACAUACCAGAACAGGCUGUUUUUGAAGACAACCAACCGGUAGAGGAAGAACCUACCCCGCCGGUAACAUUUUUUUACUUUUACAAGAUAUUUAACUUAUUUGCUGAGGCCAAAUUACUCUAUGAUUACAGGUAAUCUGAUUUUUCAGAACAAGGACAAACUGUUUGAAGAAAGUGCGAAUUGCGAAGGCUUUGGAGUAAAGAAAGAUGUAGCAGAUUCAAGAAAACGGAAACGACCGGUUACACAGGGGUCGUCACGAUCGUCAAGUACUUCUAGGCCACAUUCUCAGGGCUCAAACCAUAAUAAGCAUCAUAAGAAGAAGAAGACUUUGGCUCUACCUUUCAUGAGUAACGGAUUUUCCUACGAAAGCAUGUAUGAUACAGAGGUCUCGAGUACGCUAGGGGAAGAGGAAUUGGGGAAACAGAUUGCUUUAGUGUUCGGAGAAUUGGAUGCGGUAAGUUACUAUUGUACUCGUAUGUAGUUUAAAUAACGAUAGUCUUGUGUCGAUUAAAUACGAGACUAUUUUGAUAACAUAUAAUCUUUUUUGAUAGGUGUUUUUUAAGAUUGUAACAGUUAUAAACAACCUUACGUUUUCUCGUGAUGUGAUUAAUAACAAUUUGCAGUUAUUAAUAAAUUUAUUUAUUGCACUUUUACCGAAAACCUUUUUUAUAGGUUACUAAGGGUUGAAACAUUAUAUUAUUAUGUUGUCCUUGUCAUCUUUAAAUCUUUACAUUUUCAGGGUUCGAUUGUGUUUGCAGUAAAGACAGUUGGAGUGGAGUUAGCUCAAGAAUUGUACAAAAAGACAUUGGAAGUGGAGAAGAAUGGAGGUAUGGCGGUAGAGAACGGUACCAGAAGACGAACACCCGGAGGGGUUUUCUUCAAACUACUCAAAGACAGUGAUAAGGUUGAUAAGCAGGUGAAGGUGGGUUCGAUUUCACAAUCAUAACGUAACAUUUCAGAUCAAAAUCAACGAGAACAGUCGAAAAAUGAUGGAGAAAAUGAGGAACGAAAAGCAAAAACAAAGGGUGAGUUAUCUGUGAUCAUAGCUUUGAAUCAAAGGCUCCAAAUGUUUCGAGUUUUUAAUUUUGAAAUAUUUGGAACGGUUAAAUUAGUCAUACUUUAUUGCAUGUUACGAUAACUGGUCAAAAAGUAUGUGGAAUCGUGUUUUGAACAAAUGGAAUAUUUUGAAUUUCUAUUUACUUUUUGACCGAAGGAGUAGUUAACUUGAAGGUUUUGAAAUAUGAAGAGUUAAAACAUUAUGUUAAUCACAUGAUUUUCAGGUCCAAAAGCUAAAGCCUCUUCCCAAAGCUGUAGAAGUCCUACUAGACAGCGGCGAUGCCCCAGUAGCGCCAUCCUUUGACCUGAAUUCGGAGAUUAAGAACCUCAUGGACUUCGAUUAA